AUGUAUCAGCGCUGUGCUGUUUCCGCAGCAGUUCUCAGUGGAUUUGUGAUCGCGGCAGCAGAAUGUACCGCUGUUACAUUGCAGCACGUUCCAGCUGACUGCGGGCUUCCUGUCCGGUGGAGUCUGUACAACCAUUCGCGUAGAGUAAGCCUUCGAAUUCGUCUUGCUGGGCGUAGCAGAGUCCAGAAGGAAGGCAAAUGUCGGGGUUGUUCUUCUUCAGGGCGCAGCAUGCGCUGUGUUCGGCCUUGGGGUUACAAGGGGCGAAGUCUGAGGCUGCGGGAGUUCCGUUCAUCCAGUAGCAUUUUGCUGCCAUGGUCUUUUGCUGCUGGCUGGAUGACUUGUAGUAUUUUGCGGAUGACGGUUUUGCAUGAAUCCGGGGAUCGGGGUCGGUAA